CUGUCUAGAGAAAAAAAGUAGAAUGAAAGAAGGAUCUAGCAAAGGGAGGAAUGUGUGUCUAACGGUAACAGGUGUUGUGGUGGCAAUUGUGUUGGUACUAGGGAUGUUGGCAUUAGUGUUCAGACCCCAAGAACUCACUAUCACGGUGGAUUCAGUUGAGCUUCAAAACAUGGACGUGGGCUUCAAUGUGUUUAAAAUGAGUGUAGAUUUGAACGUGACAUUGGAUGUGAAUGUGUCAGUGAAGAACACAAAUGAGUUUGGAUUCAAGUCAUCAGAGGGUAGUGCCCAACUCAAUUAUAGAGGGCAACUUAUUGGUGAAGCCCCUAUCCCUAGUGGAGAGGUAUCACCUGGUGAGACUAAAGGAUUGAACUUGACCCUUACCGUUAUGGCUAACCGUUUUCUCUCCAAUUAUUCUCAAAUUUCUUCAGAUGUUACCUCGGGUGCAUUGCCCCUCAACACUUUGAUUAAAAUUUCUGGUGAAGUUAAUAUAUUGGGCUUUAUCAAGUUCCAUGUGGAGACAUCUUCAUCUUGUAGUUUCAAACUCAAUAUUUCCAACAAAACAGUUGAGGAGAAUGAGUGCCAAUCCAAGAGCAAGUUUUGA